AUGGCUGUUUCUCACACUGAAGCCCAGACCUCUGAUUUUCCGUCUCAUCCAUCUGGAAAUAAACUCAAAUGUGUCGAUGAAGAUGAGAAGCAGCAGCCACAGUUCCAAGACACUGUGCCCUUUGAAGAUACUUUUGUGCUCAAUAGCCAAUCCAUGGAGGAAACCCAGUUACUGGAUCAUUCAGAUUUUGGUGACGAGACAGGGACUGGUAUGCAUGAGUACGAGGAAGAAGUGGUGCUUGACAGUGAGGACGAGGAAGUAAAUGGAAGUAGAAUAUUGAGUGUUAAAGCCCAUGUCUUGUCUAAUCAAAAGCUCAGUCUUCAUCAUCUGCAAUGCGGUCCAGGAGGAAAGGAUGAGGGAUCUCCGCCGCUUGCAAGGUUAAAUUACAUUGGCUCUCAGGAACCUGGGAGGGAGUCAUCCCAAGCCAAUGCACUUGAUUUUGUGGAUCAUUAUGUGUUGUUGAACGAUGAUCUGGGUGGCUCUCCUGGAAUUGAUCACAGUAAAACCAUCAAGGAGAAAUCCCCUCCUGUCUCAAGGACAAAGGGGUCUCAAAGGUUGGCUAGGAUGAUUAAACUUGAGUCUCAAAUUGAGAGGGCAAAAACCUUUGAAUGGGUUGAUCCUCCUGAGGAGCAUAGAGGGGUGUACCUCUUUAACAAGAAGAUACAAUCAUCUAUUGAUUCUGUAGACUGCCACCACAGAUCUAUUGUUGGGCAUCAGAAAUUCAGGUUUGUUGAUGAUAACAUAUGCAUUAGCUCGGGUGGUGAGAGCAAAGAGAGGAAAAUAAUUCAAAGCCCCCAUAAGGAAAUAACGGAAUCUGAAGAGAAGAUUGAAAAUGAAAUUGUUAAUGAUUUGGAAGAACAGUUAGAUACAAAAUUGACAGGACUGCAGUCGGAAGCUAGUGCCAUAGGAACAGAUUUUGAUGUUGGCUUUAACACUCAAAUUGCUGCUGAAGCUAUGGAGGCCUUAGCAUAUGGGGAUCAUCUUGACUGCAAUUCUGCUGAUGCUUAUCAAGGUAUGGAGAACACUGCAGAUGUUGUUUCAGGAGGUGCUACAAAGAAUACAGCACUUUUGGAACAUCCUUCUCUUCCAAAGAGUGAUUUUCCAAAGAUAGGAGCCAUUAACAUGAAUGCAAAGCGAAGAAAGCGUUCCACUAGAACAGUAAAGAGAAGAUUUGCUUCAUCUCAAAAGCAAUCUCAGAGUCGGGAGUUAGAUCCUGAUUUGGCAGCACAAACAACAGUGACAAGAAGCAGAUUCUUUUCUGAAUACUCUAGUAAUUCUGCUGAUGCCAAUGGAAAUUUAUGUAGACAGUCUCCUAAUCCUACCAAGAAUAGAAAGCUAGAGAGAGCUACUGGAGAGUCCAACCUUAGAGUGUUGGAGAACAAUCUAAGUUCACCCAUAUCAGCUGGGCGCAGCUUGCUGGGUAAAGGCCAGUCUCAAGGGCAUUGUAAGAAUUAUUCUUCUGUUUCCAACCAGACUAGGCAGUCAAAGUCAGGGGGUAAGUUACUUGGGACUGAGGAUGGACCCAACAAUCCAGGAGAAAGGAUGAACAAUGUUAUGGAGGAUGGUAUUAUUAAAUACAGAAGAAAGAAGAGAUGUUUAAAUGCUCAUCCAUCUGAAACAAUCAGAGGGGUUGAGGGUGGAUCUAACAAGCCAGUAGAAAGGACGAACAAUGUUAAGAAGGAUGAUAUUAUUACCUACAGGAGAAAGAAGAGAAUCAGUGCCAAAGAAAAUUGUCCCAAAUUAUGUGUUUCAUCUGAGGGAGAUAGAGACAUAAACGCCAGUAGUUUAAUUUUAGAUCUAUGGAGCCAUCCCAAACGGAAAAGAACACGUCUCAAUGCCCGAGGCAAUUCUCGCAGAACUACUGUCUUCUUUACUCCUUUUUCAAUAGUUGACGGAAAGGACAGCUGUUCCCCUUGUGAUGAAAUGCCAGAAUGCUGCAACAAUAUAAAGGGGAAAGCACAGUCAUUAUUGUUAUAUUGUUGCCCACCUCAGCAUUCUUCUAAUAAAGAUUCUGACAGAACCUUGCCGGCAUUGCAAUCUGGUAAGCUAGAUAGCACAGAUCCUACAUCUCUGGUUGAUGUAAAAAGCCAAAUUUCAGUUGUAUUAUCUGGUUCAGAACACACUGCUCCAUCUAACUCUACCACGGGCACAAAUGUGGGAUCAUCCAAAUAUCUGUCUCAUGAUUAUUACAGAAAGCCAUUCAACAAAAACUUGCCCAAAUCAUCCCUUUUGAAAGAGCUUAUUGGACUAGGUAUCCCUGAGUCAAUAAUGGAUUUCACGUGGAAAGAUUUGAGAACGCGAAGAAAUAUUGCAUAUGUUCGAGUUCUGUUUAGCCAGCACUUGGAUGAUGAUAUCAUUAAGCAACAGAAAAAGGUCAUUGCACGACUGGGCCUAUCCAUUGCAUCAUGUUCUAUUGAUGCAACACACUUUGUAGCAGAUCAAUUUGCGCGUACAAGGAAUAUGUUGGAAUUCAUUGCUCUUGGUAAACCAGUGGUAACACAUUUGUGGCUUGAUAGUUGUGGGCAAGCAAACUGUUUGAUUAGUGAGAAAAGCUACAUUCUGAGGGAUGCCAAAAAGGAAAAGGAAAUUGGCUUUACAAUGCUUGUUUCACUGGAUUGCGCAAAACGGUGUCCGCUUCUAAAGGGUCGAAAAGUCUUCAUCACGCCAAACAUAAAACCUGAUAGAGCAAUGAUGAUUAGCUUGGUGAAGGCAGUUCAAGGCCAGCCAGUGGAGAAGGUUCAGAUACCUGCAGCAAAGGAUAAAAAGAGUUUGGAGGAUCUUUUGAUUCUUUCUUGUGAAGAAGAUCGUGCCAUCUGUCUGCCAUUACUUGAGAAAGGAGCAGCAGUUUACAGUUCAGAACUUGUGCUAAAUGGCAUAGUUAUUCAGAGGCUGGAAUACAAGAGACAUCGGCUCUUCACAGCUCUUGGCAAGAGGAAUCGCCCAUAG